CCUUCUCUCCUUCAUUCCCUCAACUCUUCAACUUACUAUGCGAUAAAUCGACCAUCAUGGCACCCGGACGUCUAUGGCCUUGUGCGUUGUCGCUUAUGGCGCUGGGCGCUGUAACAGCUUCCGAGGUUCAAAUACCCUUAAUAUCACAGCAGAGUCCGCUUGUCGCUGAUAAGACCUUCGCUAAAUCAUUGGUCGACACCGACAAGCUGCAGGACAGCAUCAAAAUAGAUAAUCUGCUGGAUCGCGCCAAUGAUCUUUUUGAGAUUGCCAAAUUAUCUGAACCCGAAUUUGGACAUCCUACUCGAGUUAUCGGGAGUAAAGGUCAUGCUGGAACAUUGGAUUAUGUCUACUCCACCUUGGAAGGUCUUGGUGAUUAUUAUACCCUUUCAAAACAGCCAUUUCCUGCUGUUAUGGGAAAGGUUUAUGAAUCCCGUCUAGUCAUUGGUCACGACGUGCCCGAGUCUGCCUCGCCAAUGUCAUUAUCUCCCCCGACGGCAAACAAGGAGCCUGUUUACGCAAGACUCGUCCUCGUCGCGAACGAGGGCUGUGAUGCAUCUGAUUAUUCAUCCGAUGUAGCUGGAAACAUUGCUUUCGUUCUUCGUGGAACGUGCCCUUUCGGUACUAAAUCACAGUUCGCCGGCAAAGCAGGUGCUGUCGCAGCAAUUGUGUAUAACACCGACUCAGGAGAACUGUCCGGUACUUUGGGGACCCCCGUUCCUGAACAUGUUGCUACCUUUGGCUUGUCAGGUAAAGAUGCCAGUCCCAUAGUCAAGAAGUUGAAGGAGGGUGGGGUUGUUGAUUCAAUCGCGUACAUCGAUUCCGAAGUAAAACAGAUUCAGACCACCAACAUUAUCGCACAGACCGUCGAAGGAGACCCAGACAAUUGCGUCAUGCUAGGCGGUCAUAGCGAUAGCGUUACUGAAGGACCGGGCAUUAACGACGACGGUUCGGGUAGCUUAACGCUCCUCGAAGUCGCCACUCAAUUGACUAACUUUAGCGUCAACAACUGUGUACGUUUUGCGUGGUGGGCCGGCGAAGAGGAGGGCCUUCUUGGAUCGGAUUACUAUGUCGAUGUUCUACCUUUGGAGGAAAACUUAAAAAUCCGUCUUUUCAUGGACUACGACAUGAUGGGAAGCCCGAAUUUCGCUUACCAGAUCUAUAACGCGACGAAUGCUGCUAACCCUACGGGUUCGGAGGAGUUAAGGGAGCUUUACGUCGAUUGGUACACGCAACAAGGCCUCAAAUAUACCUUCAUUCCCUUUGAUGGACGUAGUGACUACGAUGCUUUCAUUCGCAAUGGUAUUCCAGGCGGAGGCAUUGCGACUGGAGCUGAAGGCAUUAAAACGGAAGAAGAGGAAGUCAUGUUUGGUGGUAAGGCGGGUGAUUGGUAUGAUCCAUGCUAUCACCAGUUAUGUGAUGAUGUUGGAAAUGUCAAUUCGACUGCUUGGCUAGUGAACACUAAGCUCAUCGCUCAUUCGGUCGCCACUUUCGCCGUUUCGUUUAAGGAUUUCCCCGAGCGCUCGAAAACGGCUGCACUGGCCGCCUCGGAGCAGCCGCGCCGUUACCACGGGCACCAUCUGGUUCUUUGAAUUUAAUCUAAUCUAAUUGAAUAGAAUAAUUUAGCUACCUUGAUACAAGCCAAUUGUAUUCUAAUUUACUUGAUCACCUUGGAUAUGAGUGGUUGGCCUGGCAGAUUUUCGUUGUUCAAUUGUCUGCCCUUAUGAACUAUCUAAUGUAGCGAGGCAGGACAUGACCCAAGCGCCUGGACGGGUAGACGUUAGAAUGAGUCAAAAUAACCUUAUUUCAUGCGAGAGGAUUCAUAGUAGGGCAUCCAGGUUGAACUUGUUUGCUGAAUUUUGUACAUUCAAUAGGG